GUGCUUUGGUGUGGCUUUUCAGUGUUCAAGGUGGAGUGGUAAGACAUUUGACGUUGGUUUGCGUUCUAGUGGCAUGUUUAACAGGGAAAUAGAUUGAGAAAACGAGCAAACUCUGCAUUUUAGCAGAAAGUAUAUACAGUAUUGGUUGUUUCAAUGGCAAAAUGAAGAAAGUGUAGUGGUAUUUAUUGUUGAGAAGAGCUCUUAAGAAGAGGUCAGUCAUCUUGGUUGGCCCCUUCGAAUAAAAAAAGUGCGUCUGUUGCUCGAGGGGUUGAAAAGUCGUCUCUCCCUACAAGGAACCUAUACUGGGCAGGCUAAACCAGCAUUUGACUAAAUCAAGAUACCGAUUGUUCCGUCCGAAAAUCUCAAUCAGAAAAUGUCUCUUUACAAAAGUGUUAUUUUCGCCUCCAUCCUGGCUUUGUUGCUAACUGUUAUAACUGUUAGCUCCACCAUCUCUGAUCGAGACAGUUUGCCUCACCAUGGCAGGUGUGAAGCCAUCACAAUUCCCUUGUGUAAAGAUAUUCUUUAUAAUGAGACUAUCUUCCCAAACCUGCUUAACCACCAAAAACAAGAAGAUGCUGGACUGGAAGUCCACCAGUUUUAUCCACUGGUGAAGGUCAAAUGCAGCCCAGACUUACAGAUCUUCCUCUGUUCUGUCUACGCUCCUGUGUGCACGGUCCUGGACAAGCCCAUCCCUCCUUGUCGUUCCCUCUGCUUGUCAGCUCGCAGUGGCUGUGAGGGACUCAUGAACAAGUUUGGUUUUCAGUGGCCAGAAAGCUUAGAAUGCAGCAGAUAUCCUGAAGGUGGUGCAGCUGGAGAACUUUGUGUUGGAGAAAACAAUACAAGCUCAGGGACUAGCCACGGUGGAAAUGAUGGCUACAGGCCUCCUUACAAAGUUUCAGGUGGACUAGGUGGAGUACCCAACUACCCCAGAAAUCCUCUAAAUGAAUUAGGCAAUUACCCUGGUGUCUAUCCUGGAGGACCAGGUGGAUCUGUUGUUGGUGGUAGUCCUACAGGCUAUGGCGCAGGCUCCAAUUGGUACGGGGGACCAAGUGGCAUCCGAUCGGGAUUCACCUCAGUCAAUAGCAACUACUCUCGCGAUCAUGGAUUUAUUUGCCCUGCUCAGUUCCGGGUGCCAAAAGGUCUUGACUAUGUCGUUCGGGUCGGAGGGAAAGUCUAUCCGGAUUGCGGUGCCCCCUGUAAGGGCAUGUUCUUCAACGAAAGCGAAGUUCGUUUUUCACGUGUCUGGAUCGUGGUCUGGGGUGCCAUCUGCAUGGCAUCUUGUCUCUUCACUGUUCUGACUUUCUUGCUGGACGUACGCCGAUUCCGCUACCCUGAGCGGCCCGUCGUCUUCCUUUCAGUGUGCUAUUUUAUGGUGGCACUGGCCUACGUCAUAGGAUACGCUAUGGGGGAUUCUGUAUCGUGUAAUGCGCCAUUUGAUCCGCCACAAGAUUUUUCAGUCGAUAAAGCCGACAUGGUUGAAACCAUCACCCAGGGAACAAAACGCGAAUCUUGCACAAUCCUCUUCAUGUUGCUCUACUAUUUUGAAAUGGCUGCCAAUCUCUGGUGGGUCGUCUUGACGCUUACUUGGUUCCUCGCAGCCGGUCUCAAGUGGGGUCACGAACCUAUCGAAGCCAAGUCUCAUUAUUUCCAUCUGGUGACGUGGGCCCUCCCUGCUGCUCUGACCAUCGCCAUUUUAGCCAUGGGCAAAGUCGAAGGCGACGUGUUGAGCGGUGUGUGUUCGGUUGGCAUUUGGGAUAUGUCUGCCUUAAGACUCUUCGUACUGGCGCCUCUAUUCCUUUUCCUCAUCGUCGGCACCAUUUUCUUAUUGGGCGGAUUCAUCUCUCUAUUUCGGGUGAGAACGUUGAUGAAGAGCGGAGGAACCAAAACGGAUAAGCUAGAAAAGUUCAUGCUGCGCAUUGGAAUCUAUUCCUUUUUAUACACAGUACCGGCCAUCAUUGUUAUCGCAUGCCUUCUUCACGAACAGGCUUUCUUCGAUUCCUGGAUGUUGAGAUGGCAAGAGGACAAAUGCCGUGACCCACAGUGGAUCAAAUUUGUUUUUGCCUGCCCGUCACAGAGUCUGGCUUAUGCCAAAGGCGCCGGCGGUUACCCUACGGCUCCUACCUACCCGAAACCGGAAUUCGCCGUUUUUAUGAUCAAGUAUCUGAUGAUGUUGAUUGUCGGAAUCAGCUCCGGCUUUUGGGUCAUGUCCUCCAAGACGUUGGCUACGUGGAGCAACUUUUAUCGCCGUCUCUUUUGGUUGAAACCGGAACCGACGGGAGUUUAUGUCUGAACUAGGCAUCACUGACUGGACUUCCUUUAAACCAUUUCUCCCCUCCAAACAUCCACACAUUAUUAACUCAUUUCGGGAGGUUGCAAUUGCCCCUGCCUAUUUGUUCUGUCUACCGCGUCUCAUCAGCUCAGUUUUUUUUUCUCCCGCUCUCUCUCGUCUUGGCGUCGUU